UUUGUAGUUUGAUAUUGUGAACGAUUUCUAAGGAUUUAUAGUGUAGGAAAAUGUUAGGGCAGAGAUAACUGUAAGAAAUGUGCCUUAUGUUUCAACUUGGGAGCUAGUUACCAAGGUGACAACCAUUUAGAUUCAACUUAGUUUGCUGUGUAGAAAAUGAAAUAGGAACAGCAAAGUUCAUUUGUUCCAGUUACUGAAAGCAUUCAAAGGUCACCAACAAACAAUCAUGAAUUGUGACAGUAAGUUUAACGAUGCAUUUUGGUCAGAAGUUUUUAAAACAGUCGAUAAAAAUCAUGAUGGACGAAUAAAUAGAAAAGAAUUUAAAAAAUUCAUGUUAACUAAUGGCGGUGAAUUUUCUUCAAAUGAUAUACAAAAAAUAUUUGCCUACUGUGAUACAGACAAAAGCGGUUAUAUCGAUUUUCAGGAAUUCAAAAACUUUAUGGAAGGACAUUGAUAAACGUAUUUAAGUCCAAUUU